ACUCAGCUGUGUUGGGAGGGGGAGCGGUGAAAGAGCAGUUUGGUGCCUGAAGCUGCCGCAGCCUGUCAGCCGUGCCCCCUUUACCUGCCCAGGGAUGAGAAAGAGAGCCGAGCCGGGGGCCCCGGAAAAUGAGAACUUUGUCAGGGCCCCGCUGGACAGGGAGUGCAGUCUAAAGCAGAAGCUGAGAAUCGCUGGCGCAAAGGGCCAUUAUCCACACGACUCCGACUGCGACAGCAAGGAAAUGAAGAGGUUCGGCAGGCGUUAUGGUUUGUGGUCCCGGCUCCGAAUGUUUCUAAUCUUUCUAGUCGGACUGUAUAUAGCAAUUCCAUUCCUUGUAAAGGUCUGCCCUGCUAUUCAAACUCAGCUGGUGUUUUUAAAUUUAGUAAGGUUUCCAUAUUUUAUUGACUUGAAGAGGCCUCAGGAUCAAGGCUUAAACCACACAUGCAAUUUUUACUUACAGCCAGAGGAGGAUGUGUCCAUUGGAGUUUGGCAUACCAUUCCUGCAGUUUUAUGGAAAGAAGCUCAAGGAAAAGACCUAGAGUGGUACGAGGAGGUUUUAUCUACAAAUUACCCUGUGAUCCUCUAUCUGCAUGGAAAUGCCGGCACACGAGGAGGUGAUCACAGAGUGCAGCUUUAUAAGGUGCUCAGUUCCAUGGGAUACCACGUAAUUUCCUUUGACUACAGAGGAUGGGGCGAUUCUGCAGGUUCUCCGUCAGAGAGCGGAAUGACCUAUGAUGCUCUGCACGCUUUUGAUUGGAUAAAGGCACGGAGCGGAGACAAUCCAGUUUACAUAUGGGGGCACUCAUUAGGCACAGGGGUUGCAACCAAUCUAGUAAGAAGACUUUGUGAAAGAGAAACUCCUCCUGAUGCCCUGAUGCUUGAAUCUCCAUUUACCAAUAUUCGGGAGGAGGCCAAGAGCCAUCCAUUUUCUGUGAUAUAUAGAUAUUUCCCAGGCUUUGACUGGUUUUUCUUAGACACCAUCACAGCAAGUGGCAUUAAGUUUGCUAACGAUGAUAAUGUGAAAUAUAUUUCCUGUCCCCUGCUCAUAUUACACGCAGAAGACGACCCUGUUAUUCCAUUCCAUCUUGGAAAAAAGCUUUACAACAUCGCAGCUCCGGCACGAAGUCUACGUGACUACAAAGUUCAGUUUGUUCCAUUCCACAAAGAUCUGGGAUACAGGCACAAGUACAUAUACCGAAGCCCAGAGUUGCACCAGAUACUGAGGGAUUUCCUGGGAAACAAUGAGCAACAAUAAACCCACCAAAUCCAGACAACCCAGCUGUCCCUUAGCAUGAAGACUUGUGGACCGGCAGCCAAUGAAACUUCUGCCGUCAGCGAACAAACCCCAGAGCUUUGGAGUCACCACUGCUGCUGUACGUUCCCCAUCUACACAUUAGGCUAUGGGGUAAAAACUAUUUCACUGGGGCCACUGCAGGAUGAGUGUGUCUUUCUUAUUAUUUAGCCCAAAACCUUUCAACAUACAUGGCCACACUGUGAUGGAACAACGCUCUAUGGGACAUCUGAGUUUGUGUCUUUCUUAUUGUUUAUCCAUAAGCCUUGCAACAUACAUGGCUGGACUCUAAUGGAACCAAGCUCUAUGGGACAUCUGCUGUCAUUGGGGCAUCUGUUGUCAUUGAGAAUUGGUCACUAUGUCAUGGAAUUAUCCUUGGAUACUUUGGAUACACAUUUGUGGUGUCCCUUUGUCAGGGCUUGGAUAGGUGCAGUGUGACAUCAUAAGUAAAGUACAGGUACAUGGGAUAUUACAUUUUAGGAGGCUGUGCAAGAUUUUUACCCAGAAUACAACAGCCAUGUUCUGCUGGUCAAAUAGCACACUUAUUUCAACGUUUCCAUCCCCAAGGCACCCAAAAUGUCAAGAAUAUAUACACAUAUUUUUAGGGAUGAUCCGAAUCCAGUAUUUUGGAUUCGACCGAACCCCCAAACCCUUAGCGAAAGAUUCGGCCGAAUACUGAACCGAAUCUUAAUCCUAAUUUGCAUCUGCAAAUUAGGGGUGGGAAGGGGAAAACAUUUUUUACUUCCUUGUUUUGUGACAAAAGGUCAUGUGAUUUCCCUCCCUGCCCAUAAUUUGCAUAUGCAAAUUAGGAUUCGGAUUCGGUUCGGCCGAAAUCAAAUCCUGCUGAAAAUGGCCGAAUCCCAAACGGAAUCCUGGAUUCUGUGACUCCCUAAUAUUUUUUUCAUAAUGACACUUAAGUUGAAACCUCCCUCCGUUGCAACUUAUUGGUGUACAUUUGAACCUCAAUUUUACAUCCCCUGGUUUUCAGUUUUCCCUCAUUUUACAUUGUUGUUUUGUGGUCCCAUCUAUAUAUUAUACAUAAUACAUUUCCCUUAUUUUACGUUAUCCUGGAUUUUCACCAUUUUUUUCUGGUCCCCUGGAAAACGUAAAAUGGGGGUUCAACUGGAUACCAAACGUUAUUUUGACCACCAAGUUUUUAUUUUGUAAAAGAUCCUCUAAUCUAAUAAUACAUGUGCAAUAAGGCUGGAAUAUGAGCUUGUAUUUGCAUUAAAGUCAUACUAUGAAGCUUUAGUGCCUGGGACAUUAUCCCAGCUGCUUAUAACAGCACAUCUAGUGGUAAACGCAUGCCCUGCAUUUUGACUUUAGUGAAUUUACCAGGUUAAAAUCCAAGAGUACCUGGAGUGGAUUCUCAGUAGAGUUGGUGGGAGGCCCUGCUGUGGUGGUGCUCUACUUGCAGGUCUGGACUGGGAGUCUAAAUAGGCCCUGGCAUUCCAAGUACACAGAGGCCCAAAUGGUCCUUCACCAGCCCACUAAAUAAUGACUGUCUAUGGGACUUUACAGCAGCCCCUCUGGUAUUUGCCAGAACUCACAGAUUGCUAGUCCAGGCUUGGACCAGUUUCUACUGACUGUACUUGGAAGCUACUUCCCUAUGUUAACAACUGUAUUGGGUGCAAAUUCACCAUUUUGGAUGUUGAAUUGGCUUGUGCUUUUGGUGUCAGUACAGACUGGGUGUCAGUCUAUAGCUCUGUGCAGAGGACUUUACCGUCUCGAUACAGACAGUAUGGCUUCUUGUCUGGGUGCCUAGAGACUCCCCACAGCCCUGGCUCUUUGCUGUGACUAACACUGAGCUUUUUCAUGUACAGAUAUUUUUUGUUUGAAUCCUGCAUUUUAGUCUUGCAUUGCGUUCCUUAGGUUUGUGUUGUGUUCCGGUGAAGCAUAUCUCUUCCCUUGUGCCUCUGUAACUGGACUUAUAUAUAUAUAUAUAUAGAGGUAUAUUUGUGUUUCUCAGCAAUGAUACUAAAGUAAAAUUACAGGGACAGGGAACAAUGUGGACAAAGGACAUAGAGGUGAUUUCAGGGUGUGUUAAACUGGAGAAGGAAAGGUAUAGAAUAAGUGCCCUGACUAUUGACUAUUGCUUUUCUCACCCACUGGAUAUUUUCCCUUAAUCUGUCUCUAACUUUGGCACAUACAAUAAUCCCCAUUCUUACUACUUAGCGGCUUCCAUUUUAAAUCGUGAUGAUGUCAUAUGUUUGUGAAGAUUCUCAUCCAUCCAAGUCAUGGUAUAUCUGUAGAAGUAAGUCUGGAUGAUUUGACUUAUUUCUACAAAUAUAUGUGAUGAUGUCACUUCCACGCUUGAGCUGGUUUGACAUGGUUAGCCAUGACACCUGGCCUGGUCAUGUGACCCACGUGUCAUCAUUCUGUCCAAGAAAAGGAAGGAAAUUGCUGAGGCAAAGGGUUUAGUGUUCCCGUGCUCCAGCCCAUGACGGUUGAAGGGUUCUAGAAGACUUCAGGUGGCAUCAUCUAAGUCAAAGAGAUUGAGUAGCGUUGGGAAAAGAUUACAAAGUAGGAUCAAACCAUUAAUCUACUCAGUAAGUCUUUAAUGUUCCAUUAAUAUAGCCCAUGAUGCUAAGCUCAGGAUGAUUGAUACCGUUUCUUAAUAAUAUUAAUAUCACCCAGCAUUGCCAGCCCCAUGCAGGGUCCUCACCUAAAGCUGCUGCUUGUGUUUGUUAAGAGUUUGGGAAUGUUACAUUUUAGAAGAUCCAGGAAUGAAAUGUUGAACUAUUACACUGAGUUUCUUGUAGUGCACUUUGUAGUGAAUGUGCUGAUCCAGCAGAGACAAUGCAUUGGUGGUUUGUGUAUGUCUCCCAGUAUUCGUUGCAUCUCACAGACAGGGGGAACAAAGUGUUGGAGGUCCCUGGUGCAAAGCAGAGAAGGAGGCCCCCUCAUACUAUGUCUGGAAACCAGUUAUCCGCAAAAGCAGCUGUGUCCAGUUGACUCCACAUAGAGCAGUUCCAAAAAUUUCACACAUGAGUCAAUUCCCUUGCAACACAACCACACACUUUCUGUCCAACAGCCGUGGAGUGAAUGGCCAAAUUCCACAUCUGUGUCAGCUGGUGGCCUCAUGCACUCCUCCGUGGCCAACACCAGCCAAGCAGAUCCAAAUUCCUCAAUCAAAGCCGAUCGUACUGGAUUAUAGCUAGGGUUGCCACCUGGCCGGUAUUUUACCGGCCUGGCCGGUAAAAAUAAUGGCUGAUCUCAAUGUUAUUAAUAGGGAAAAAAGAUAAAUCUAUAGGAAGGCCGGUAUUUUUUUUCAGAAAAUGUGGCAACCCUGAUUAUAACCCAACUGCAAUGUUUCAGUUGUAUAGAAGGUCUCUAUAUAUAUUAGGCAACCUGCGGCAUGUGCCAUGUUCAUUUAGCCACAUACAAGCCAAUAAUUGGCUACCCAACUUUUGGCCUAGUUGGCAGCUUAUUGGCUUGUGUAUGGGGACAAAUGAUGGCUUCUUGCAGUGAUAUCUGACUGGGUGGGAGGAAGCAAGUAGGGGACGGUGAAAUAACUGCCUGCCAGAGAACCUCAGGAAACUUCCGAGUUUUAAUAUCUGAGCGCUAGAUUUGGCUGUCACAAGGGGUUUCGUCAUAUCAUCAGAAAUAAUGUUUUGUAUCUUUUGGGUGGAUUUUGUGGGCAUUUAGUACAAUGGGAAAACAAUCCAGCAUUAGAAUUUUGUCAUUGCCACUUUUCCUAAGAAAAUCUGCAGCAACAGAACCACACACACACGUACAAGUGUCCAGGUUGCAUCUGAUUGGCUCAAUUUGCGCAGAGCUUCGAAUUUGUAUGUUCUCCCUGUGCUUGUGGUGGUUUCUUCCUAUACUACAAAAAAUAUACAGGCAGGUUAUAUGGCUCCUUAUCAGUACCAUGGUGUCUGUGCAUAGGAUAAGGAUCUUAGAUUGUAAGCUCCACUGGGGCAGGGAUUUAGUGAUGUACAGUGUUUGUUUGAGUAGAGACAGAUCUGCUUUCUGCCUGUUACUACAUACACUGACUAUAUUAUGGUUUCUAUGCAGGCGAAGAAAACACCUUAUUCUUUACUUUGCAACAGUUGCUGAUAGGGAUGCACCACUAUUUUGGAUUCGGCUGAACUCCGGAAUCCGUCGUGAAAGAUUCCGAAUUCAGAAAACCCGAAUCCUGCAUAUUUGCAUAUGCAAAUUAGGAAUGGGAAGGGGAAAACAUUUUUCACUUCCUUGUUUUUGACAACAAGUCACGUGAUUUCCUUCCCUGCCCCUAAUUUGCAUAUGCAAAUUAGAAUUCGUCGAAUCCAAAUCCUGCUAAAAAAGGCAGAAUCCUUGCCGAAUCCCAAACCGAAUCGUGGAUUCGGUGCAUCUCUAGUAGCUGACCCCUAUACAUCAUGUCAGAAGAAGGGAUAGCCCCAAGUAAAUUGAUGUUUUUCAGCCUUACUGGCAUUUUAUUAUAAUUAUCAUACUUUCCUAUCUUAGCGGAACUUGCAAUCUAUUCUAAGUAGGGAUGCACCGAAUCCAGGAUUCGGUUUGGGAUUCUGCCAGGAUUCGGCCUUUUUCAGCAGGAUUCGGAUCCUUCUACCUGGCCGAACCAAAUCCGAAUCCUAAUUUGCAUAUGUAAAUUAGGGAUGGGGAGGGAAAUUGCGUGACUUUUUGACAGAAAACAAGGAAGUAAAAAUGUUUUCCCCUUCCCAUAUGCAAAUUAGGGUUCGGAUUCGGUUCGGCCGAAUCUUUCACGAAGGACUUGGGGGUUCGGGCGAAUCCAAAAAAGUGGAUUUGGUGCAUCCCUAAUUCUAAGGUAUCACAAGAACUGAUUUGUGACUGGUGAUCACGGUAUAAUACCUACCCCCCCAACUACUGUCUGAUCACCUGCUUUUCCCCUCUGUUGAAAGGUUCAGAACUAUUAGUUUGCAAUCCUACAGUAAAUACACACAAGCAAUUCCUACAGAAUCCUAAACGCUCUGCAGAACUAUAUUCUGUGCUUAUUUUGUAUAUAUUUUUUGUACAAACUGUUCUAUUCCUGACAUUCCAUGUCUCGCUGCUGCUGCUGAUAACCCUACUAACGGUACAGAUCAAAUUGCCAUUAUUAUUUGUUUGGUUAUGAAACGCAUGGACACAUUCUGUUAUUUAUUCUCACUUAGUUGGGCAGGGGUGCAGAGAAGUCGGCCAUGUCGUAUGCUCAAAUGUAGUUCCAAAUAAAAGACCAACAUCUGCCCAA